GCAAGAGUUCCUUUUCUUUUUUUCAACAUGGCUGAGGCUAUGAGAGCAACCGUGGCAUCCUUAUUGAAGGGAAUUGAUAGGUAUGGUAAAACAAUAAGUAACUAUAUGAGGGAUUAUUAGAUUUAAUAGUAAUUAAUUUUUAAAAGCUUUUUUUGCAUAUGAUAGGUAAAAUCAUAUAAUUGCAUAAUUAUCAGCCGGCUUGUUAAUUAAUUUAUGUGUGAUGUUGCCAUUUUUGAUUAAUUAAUUCAUCAUCAUUGAUUGAAAUUUUUAAUUUAAGUUGAUAAAUAAAUAUUGAUAAUUUUAUUUAUUAUUAUCAUUAAAUAUACAUAAUUAUAAUAUAGUGUAGCCGCUAUAUUUUUAACAUUGGGAAUUGUCACUUUUUAACCAUUUGGCUGGGGGAUUUGAGGCAUUUGUCUGUUUAUUACAAAGUACUAACAUAUACUAUAUACUUAUACCAUCAAUGUUUCUCAUUUAGUAUUUCUUUUGUCUUUGUAGAAUGGAACAUAUUUCUCUUUCAUGUAAAUGUCCAGACUAUCUUGAAUUUGUUGAAAUGAAGUAAACUCGGAUUGACUAUUAGCGGUCAUGUGACAAGGCUGACAGACAAAUAUCUCAGGCAACUUUGUUACGGCGGUUAUGUGACUUGGUAGAAUAUAUAAUAUAAUAUCAGGACGAAUAUCUCGAGAACUAAUUCGUCCGGUCGCCGGACAUGUAGACACUUCAUACAAUCUAACUAGGCUUCUAAAAUAGUAAUAUUUUUAAGUAUAGGUACUUGAACUUGGGUAACAUUUUCAAAUUGAAUGAACACAUUUGAAUUUGACUACUAAAAAACUACAUUAGAAAUAAGUUUACUACACUUCACUACACUAAGUUUAAGUGACUAUAACUUAAGCUUAAUUACACUUAACAUGAUCAGAAAAUGAACAGGGCUAGGCCUAAACUAAUAAUAAAUUAAUGAUCACUAAUUAAAUUUUAGUCAUAUUUUAUUUGAUUAUUGUCAAAUUCCAUCUACAGCGAUGUAUUCAAUAGAUGCAGAUAUUUAUGUUUGUAUUCACUCAAUGCAUGCAAGUUUUUGUUUCCUUAUUUUAUAUUUUUAUAAUAGGGGGGAGGGGUCUCCCCUCCCCAGAAGAUUUUUGUUUCUUAUUUUGUUAUUUAAAGUGGGUGCAAGGGUCUCCCCAGAAGAUCACUUUGCACACUGUCACACGGCAAACUCUUAUGAAUGAAAAUGAGAUUUUGCAAACGGAAAAUUAUGAUAAUUAAUAUUGUAUUGAUGAAAUUACCAAGGUCCCUAAGAUUAUAAAUACCAGUAAAUCAGAAUCCACUGUAUUUUAUGCAGUCAAUGUCUUAUAUUUCACAGAUACAAUCCAGAGAAUCUUCAGACAUUAGAACGAUAUGUCGACAUGCAAGCAAGUGAGAACACAUAUGACCUUGAAGCUAAUUUGGCCAUACUAAAGCUGUAAGUUCAUUUACCAGUAUCAAUAUUUCGAUCAAAGAGAAACAAUUAGAAGAUACUAAUUAGCAUAUGUAAUUCUGUGAUAUAUUUAUUUCCUUUGAUACAAUAGAUCAAACUUUAUCAAUAAAAAUAAUUAAUUUAAAUUCAUCUGAACAGCUGCCAAGUGAACUUUCUGUUUUGGUCUGUUUGUAAUUGUUUAUUAGAGCAAAGGUUUUUAACCAGGGGUGCUGGAAGACCAAGAAAACCAGAUUUAUUUGUAUUUUUUGGACAUUUUUAUCAUGUGAUAGCGUAUGCAAAAUUCCGAAAAAUAUUAUUACAUCUAAAUGGGGAUGUGGAAAAGGUCUUGAAAUUUUUAGGAGGUGUAGUGCUGCUAAUUAUUCUGACCCCCUGAAUCAGCGCAUAGAUUAUUCCUUACGUACGUAAUGCAUUUUAUUCUUUGAUUUAAUAAAGGCCUAGUUUUUUUUCUUCUUUUUCUAAAAAUAAGAUACAGCAAUUUUUUUAAUCAUUUUUUGUUUUUGAAGAUACCAGUUUAAUCCAAGUUUGUAUCAGACUGGUGUGACAGCACUUAUUCUUCUGAAAGCACUAACAAAUCUUCCUCACUCAGACUUUAUCUUGUGCAAGUGUCUUAUUGAGACAGCAAGAGUGAGUACAUUUAUUUAUGCCUUGAAAAAAAUCUUUGAAACUCCAAAAGAGAUGCUAUUCAUGAGUUAGAUCUAGUAUCUUUUUAAAGAUGUUUUAAAAAUGGGAUUUAAUAGUGUGUAUGCUAAAACUGGCAGAUGAUUCUGAUCACAAUUUUUCUAUUCUCAGUUACUCGAGGAGCCUGUAUCAAAAGUUUUAAAGUUGGCAAACUAUCUAGAAACUGCAAACUUCCAAGAAUUCUGGGUAAUAUGCAACUCUUUCACAUGUUACUUUUUUAGGAUUGCAAAGAAGUGAAUAGACGCAUGAGGUUUAAAUUUCAGUAAUUCCGGUACAUAAUUUGUAAAGGCUAGGAAACCCCCUCAUAUGGCUGGGCUGUAUAUAAUUAAUCAACUUCUUAUCAAAGGAAGUUUAACCAUGUUUAAAGCUUAUGACUCCUGAGUGGUCAUAUUAUGGAAGCGAGAAUAAGGGUUUACACAUUUAAAUAACGUUAUUAUUUAUUUAUUUGUCAAAUUUUUAUAAAGAAAUUUAUUAAAUAGUAAAUAUGCAAUAUUUUGAUGAUUUAAUAACGUUGGGAUCAUUCUUUACUGCAGUCAUCUCUGGAAGAUGAUCCGAGCCUGUUGAUUGGCAUUGUGGGCUUUGAAGACUCAAUACGCAAAUGUAGGUUGGCUUAAAUGAAUAAUUAUGAAAAAUGUAUAAUCUUUAAACCAAUAACCUUAUAAUUAGCAUUGUAUUGUAAUCCUUAGUUUAGCUACAAGAAUGCUUUAUUGUUUAGACGAAGUAAAAAAACAAACAAAAAUUAUCUUUUGUGACACUUUAUGCUGCACUUACAUUUAAUAUUACAAUAUCAAGGUCUUAUUAGGUGUCCUUUCUUUCAGCUUUUAGACCAGUGGUUCUCAACCUUCCUAAUACCGCUACCCUUUAAUACAAUUUCUCAUGUCGCAACCCACAGGUUGAGAACCGCUGGCUUAGGCAUUCAUGUAGUGGGUGCAAGAAAUUAGGGUGUGUCAAUACACUUUAACAAAAUUGACUUCUCCAUUUCUGUGCAGAAUUAAUGUUCAAUUUUAAUCUAUUAAUUAGUAUUAGAUUCUAAGGGCAAUAUCCAAGAAAGAAUUCAUAAAAUGUAUGUUAUUUUUCAUAAGAGCGUUCAAAACAUCCCUAAACAUCUGACUUGGAAGUAAAUGCAUACAUUUAAAUUAAGAAUUACAACUACAAUUAAUUAAAAACCAUAAAGGUCUGACUUGGAAGUAAAUGCAUACAUUUAAAUUAAGAAUUACAACUACAAUUAAUUAAAAACCAUAAAGGUCUGACUUGGAAGUAAAUGCAUACAUUUAAAUUAAGAAUUACAACUACAAUUAAUUAAAAACCAUAAAGGUCUGACUUGGAAGUAAAUGCAUACAUUUAAAUUAAGAAUUACAACUACAAUUAAUUAAAAACCAUAAAGGUCUGACUUGGAAGUAAAUGCAUACAUUUAAAUUAAGAAUUACAACUACAAUUAAUUAAAAACCAUAAAGGUCUGACUUGGAAGUAAAUGCAUACAUUUAAAUUAAGAAUUACAACUACAAUUAAUUUAAAAAAACAACAACUUUUAUUUCAUAAGGGUAAAGUUUGCAAUGCAAGAAAAACCAACACGUGUGCUGUAAUUGUUAACCCCUGAAAUUCAUGAAGGGGUGAAGUUAAAAUAUUCAUUUGAUAUAUGAAAAAUAUUUGAUGCAUAUCUUUCAGUUGUCUGUCAUGUAGUAGCAUCCACUUAUCAGAGUAUUAGAAAAGACAAAUUGCGCCAACUCCUCGGUAACAUUACAGGUGAGGAUUUUAUGCCCUUUCUUUUAUUAGAAUUAGGUGGCAUCUUACAUUUUAUUUGACCUCAUUGUCAAGAUGGGGGGAGAACCAAUCGAAAUCCUUGAUGUUACAGAUGAGAAUAAAUUUCCUUAUUUUAUCUUUCUUUAUAGUGAACGCUUUGGCUUUAUUGGGACAAAUUUUUAGUAAUCAAAGUGUUCUUAUUUUUUAAGAUUUACUUUACAAUUGUAUGGAGCGCGUGAUAAUUUUCAAUGCAUUUAGGAUAAUUUUAAUAUUCAACAUUGAAGAUUGGCUUUGAAAAUAAGCCAGCGGAAUUAUUUUUUAAUUGGAUGUGAUUUUUAUUAUUUCAGAUUUACAAUUUCGCAUUGUGCUUAUUAAUCUUCAAAGGCUUUUCAUUCACAAUUUCCAUGUUUUACAAAACCAUUAAUCUAGUUCCUAGAAGGUCUUGUGGGCCUGAUUCAACAUGCAGCAUGGGCCUACAUGUUGUAAGUUGCCCAAAUCUGGUCCAGAUAAUAAUUAGAAAUUUAAGUUCUCUUUUUAAUAUCCCUGAUGACUGAAUAUUUUUCAACUCUAUUUGUUACUUAAAACUUAUAAUUUUUUACCAGAUGCUCAUUCAAGUCAAUGGAUUAGUAAAUAUGGGUGGACUGAGCAACUAGAUGGCUAUGUGUUCAUCACAAACCAGGAUGAAAAUAUCAAAACAAAGAAUAUUACAGAAAAGAUCUCUUUUGACAGUAAGUUAAUAAUAAAAAAAAAAAUAUGGUGCAAACAUCAUUAGCUGCUAACUGCUAUCAUCAAGUCUGUAUUUCUAUAUUAUUAUGGAAUAAAUGUUUUAACCAAUUUACUUUUUUUUUUUGGUUCUUUCUUUCCUUAUACUUUGUAUUUAGUGGGUAAAAUACACAAACAAGUGGUCAUUUUAUUGGGAACUCAUUGAGAACAUGUGUUCAUGGCAAUAAAUAAUAAAGUGGUGUUCUUUCUUUAUAAAAGAUAUUUAUUGAAACUUUUUUUUGUAGGUGUGGCAGCAAUUAUGGCAUCAGGACGAUGAUGAGUCAUCUAAACAGCAUGCAGGCAGUGGAAAAACCUGAAGUCAAACAUAUUGCUCUUAGCACAUAUUUUGAUCUUGUGUUGAAAUAUUUAAAAAUAAAUGUGCUCUUAUGGAUUCCAGAGCCUCAAAUGAUAAUUGUUGUUGGUUCUCUAAUUUUAGCCCGUUGUGAUUCCUUCCAUUUUUGGUUGAAUUAAACUGUUUAGUCAUGCAUUGUAAAUAAUUUCAAAUAAAAAGAUGGACACUAAAGUUAAUUUAUUAUAUAUUUUUUAGGAUGAAAGUCUUUUAAAAAAGAACAUUCAACUUUUUUUGCUGAGCAAUAAAUAUGAGAAAAAAUGAAUACUUUUAUUUUAAAUAAAUUUUAUUUAGAAGCUAUAC